GGUUAGCAUAAAAUAAACACAUUAGCACAGUAAAGCUGGAGGAUGGCUAACUUUCUUACACUCGACAAAAGUUAAUGUGAGGGUUCCCGAUGUUUAGGGACAAAUGCCACUGCAUGGCAAGGUGCUGUAAACAGACCAAACUUCAGUCAGGAGAACAACUGGGAUAAUACAUCCACAAUAAGAGGACGCUGGCAAGAUGCACACACAAUUGCGGUGGCUUGCAGUGGAGAAAAACAGAGGACAAAAAAGGAAAAAGAGAUUAUUUUCUAAGGAUGUUGGCAAGAUGCAUACACAAUUGCUGUGGAUUGCAGUGGAGAACAAGGGAGGACAGAAAAGGAAAAAGAGAUUAUUUUCUAAGGAUGCUGGCAGCAUGUACAUACAAUCGCUGUGGAUUGCAGUGGAGAACAAGGGAGGACAGAAAAGGAAGAAGAGAUUAUUUUCUAAGGAUGCUGGCAGGAUGUACAUACAAUUGCUGUGGAUUGCAGUGGAGAAAAACAGAGGACAGAAAAGGAAGAAGAGAUUAUUUUCUAAGUGUCUACUGAAAGCAGAGGACAUCAGGGAUUUUGAAGAGGACAGAAGGAAUUCAUGCAUAGACAUCGAAAUUCAGGCCAUGGAGCUGACGCUGAAGGCUUUCACUCUGAAGGUGGUGAAUAUUCCAUGGAGGAAUAAUAACCUGAGCACCCUGCAUACAGACCCUCCUCUGUCUGAUCAAGGACAGACCAUCAUUGGAGUCUACCUGUUAGUGCUGGGAUGGCUGUCCUGGUUUGGAAACAGUUUAGUGAUGUUUGUCCUGUACAGGCAGCGGGCCACACUUCAAUCAACCGAUUUGCUCACCUUAAACCUCGCUAUCUCUGAUGCAAGCAUUUCAGUAUUCGGCUACUCCCGGGGAAUCCUAGAAAUAUUCAAUAUCUUCAAGGACGACGGGUAUUUGAUCACCUGGAUCUGGACCUGCCAGGUGGACGGCUUCUUCACGCUGCUCUUCGGCCUCGCGAGCAUCAACACCUUGACGGUGAUCAGCAUCACCAGAUACAUAAAGGGAUGCCAUCCAAACAAAGCUCAUUGUAUCAGCAUCAACACGAUUGCUGUGUCACUAAUCUGCAUUUGGACUGGAGGGAUUUUUUGGUCUGUUGCUCCACUCCUGGGCUGGGGCAGCUACACAGAUCGAGGUUAUGGAACUUGUGAAGUGGACUGGUCCAAAGCCAAUUACUCCACUAUUUACAAGUCCUACAUCAUAUCCAUCCUGAUCUUCUGCUUUUUCAUCCCGGUGAUGAUCAUGCUCUUCUCCUACAUCUCCAUUAUCAACACAGUGAAAACCACUAAUGCAAUGUCAGCUGAUGGUUACCUAACCACCCGCCAAAGGAAGAUGGAGCGGGAUGUCACAAGGAUUUCCAUUGUAAUCUGCACUGCUUUCAUCCUGGCCUGGUCGCCAUAUGCAGUGGUGUCUAUGUGGUCAGCCUGGGGCUUCCACGUGCCAAGCACAACCAGUAUCAUCACCCGCCUCUUUGCCAAGUCUGCCAGUUUUUACAACCCGCUCAUCUACUUCAGCAUGAGCUCCAAAUUCCGCAAGGACAUUUUGGUACUUCUGCCGUGCGCACAAGAGCACAGCGAGGUGGUGCACUUGCAAAACAUCACGCCCAAAGCCGAGGCCCCGCCCCCGCCUGAAUCACUUCCUGGCCAGAAGCUGGAAGUGAAAAGUGCAGCUGCAGAGCUGAACCAAUCUGAGCACGACAGCGACUCGGGGGUCAACAGCCCUCCACAGACUCCUCCGUCUGACACACAGGUCUUCCACAUCGACGUGCCCUCUUACACUGAAACAUCAGAGUACUGGUGUGACAGGCUCUGAAGACUGUUUCCAUUUCACCUCAACCAAUACUUGAAUUCCAUGGGGAGACUGGGAGUAUUUAUUUAUUUAUUUUUUGUAUGUUAUGGUCUUAUCCAUCUUAAUAAACUGUAUGUGCGACCAGUGUUAAUAAAUUAUUUUAA